AUGAGUUGUUUCGAGUUUUGGUACAGUGAUGACGAGAAUGAAGAUACUGAUGAUGAUUCUUUGGAACGUUCAGUGGUGCGCUUAGAACGACGAAAAAUACGAGAUAAGAGUAAUCCUUUAGAUUUGCCUCAUGACGCUUUUAUUAAGUAUUUCCGGAUUUCCAAGGAUCUAUUUAGCUACUUGCUAAAUAUUGUUGAAAGCAAAUUGGGUGGCACCAUUGGAUCUGCUUCGGUGUUACCAAUCAUUAAGUUAUCAGCCGCAUUGCGGUUCUUUGCUGAAGGUAGCUACCAAAAAGGAGUAGGAAACGAUGUGUUCGUGGGGAUGGCACAACCAACGCUAUCAAGAUCGUUGUCUUCUAUAAUUGACAUAUUUGAAACCGAAAUUUGUGCUACUGCAAUAAAAUUUCCCACGGAUGAAGCAGAAAGAGAUGAAAUUAAAAUGGCAUUCUACGAAAAAACUGGAUUUCCAGGAAUAAUAGGGUGUGUCGACGGCACUCAUGUGAAAAUUGUUGCACCUAAUUCGAACAUUCAACAUCUUUACUAUAAUCGAAAAGGCUUCCAUAGUUUGAAUGUUAUGCUUGUAUGUGAUCACAAACUGAGAAUCCGCUACGUAGAUGCAAACAAUCCUGGUUCUAAUCAUGAUUCCUUCAUAUGGAACAGUAGUCUUCUGGAUACAAUGUUGCAUGAGAUGUACCAAAACGGCGAACAAAAUACCUGGCUGUUAGGCGACGCCGGAUAUCCGCUGAAGCCCUAUCUGAUCACCCCUUUUCGAUCUACUACAAGAACUCCAAGUUCUGAAAAUCAAACUAUAUUCAAUGAAAUACAUUCAAAAGCAAGAAUGACUAUCGAACGAGCAAUCGGAGUAUUGAAAAAUGUAUUUCGAUGUAGCUUAGGUGCUCGGCAGUUACAUUACAAACCGGAAAAGGCUGCAAAGAUUGUAAAUGUGUGCUGUGCAUUACAUAAUUUGAGGCUUCGAUUUAAUGUGCCACUAGAUGGUGAAGAUUGGCAGCCCAUUGAGAAUGACGAACAUGUUGAUCCUGUAGUGGAAGAUGAAAGUCACAUGUCUGCCGAUGAUAUUAGAAGAACAAUUAUGAUGUCGAUUAUAUAAAAGUCAUUGCGUAU